CAUCCCUCUUCUCUCACAAACCUCCAACUGAUCAAGCUCUCUAGCUCCCUGCUCAUCCUACUGACAUUAUGGCAACUGCAGGAAAGGUGAUCAAGUGUAAGGCGGCUGUGGCCUGGAAGCCCAAUGCCCCCCUGGUGAUGGAAGAGAUUGAGGUGGCCCCUCCACAGAAAGGUGAAGUCCGCAUCAAGAUAAUCGCCACAGGUGUGUGCCACACGGACCUGUACCACCUGUUUGAGGGGAAGCAUGAGGAGGGCUUCCCAGCUGUGCUGGGCCACGAGGGGGCCGGCAUCGUGGAGAGCGUGGGCGAAGGGGUCACCGAGUUCAAGACAGGUGACAAAGUCAUCCCCCUCUUCAUCUCUCAGUGUGGAAGUUGCAUGUUUUGCAAGUGCCCCAAGACCAACUUGUGUGAAGAGAGCUGGGCGAGCAUGCGUUACGGCAUCAUGUCGGAGGAGGACUCGCGCUUCACCUGCCGGGGCCAGAAGAUCCUGCAGUUCAUGGGCACCAGCACCUUCUCCGAGUACACCGUGCUCAACCAGAUCGCCGUGGCCAAGAUCGCCGACGACGCCAGGCUGGACCGGGUCUGCCUGCUGGGCUGCGGCAUCUCCACGGGCUACGGGGCGGCCGUCAACACAGCUGCGGUCACCCCCGGCUCUACGUGUGCCGUGUUCGGCAUGGGGGCUGUUGGCCUCGCCGCAGUCAUGGGAUGUCGGAACGCGGGCGCCUCUAGAAUCAUCGCCAUCGACGUCAAGGACGAGAAGUGUGCCAAGGCCAAAGCCCUGGGAGCCACGGAGUUCAUCAACUCCAAGAAGCACUCCAAGCCCAUCAGCGAGGUCCUCAUCGAGAUGACCAACGGAGGGGUCGACUUCUCCCUGGAAUGCGUAGGCAGUGUUCAAGUCAUGAGAAGUGCGCUGGAGGCGUGUCAGAGGGGAUGGGGCGUCAGCGUGAUCGUGGGCUGGACAGACAUGGAGGACUUCUCAGCCCGGCCCAUCCAGCUCAUCGCUGGCAAAACCUGGAAGGGCUCUCUUUUCGGAGGAUUAGGUAAAGACAGCGUCCCACAGCUGGUUCUGGACUACAAAUCUGGCAAAAUUAAUUUGGAUGAGUUUGUGACCCACAACAUGCCCUUGGCUAAAGUCAACGAUGCCAUUGAGCUAAUGAAGACUGGAGAAUGCAUCCGCACUAUUCUGGCUGUAUGUCCCCAGUAAACAAGGCAAUGACCCAAGAUGACCCAGCGGCCCAGAUCCCAUGGAAGGGAUCUCUCUCUCUCUCUCUCUCUCUCUCUCUCUCUCUCUCUCUCUCUCUCUCUCUCUCUCUCUCUCUCUCUCUCUCUCUCUCUCUCUGUCAUUUUAUAUGGUUAAGGGUUAGCAAAUGAGGUAUCAUAAACCUUUUCAUCCUCUUUUUUAUGACUGUCAAUCAAUAUAAUAAAAUCUUUAUCUUAACAUGAGUGGAGGAGUCAUACUGUGAUAAAAGAAAAUAUAUUUUUCCCCACGCGAGUCUUGUCAAAGAGGGCGGCACACAACAAAUCUUUCUCACAGCAAAGCAGAAGAUGACGUUUUGUGGCAAAAAACUGUUAUUGUAGAAAGAAUGGAUGUAGCCACUCCGUGUUGGCCAUUUGUUAAGUUUCAUAAUCUCAUGGUUUCUUUUUUUAAAACCAAUAAACAAAUUGAUUUUCAUUUUC